AUGGAUGAAUCUACAAUAAAAGCGGCUAAAAUAGAAAUAGAUGAAUCUUUGAUGCUGAGUACUUUUAGUAUGCGGCGCAUAGGUUUAUCUUUCGAUAAACCUAAAACAACCUCAGCUUACUUUCGCCAAAAAUUAAUGUUCGUCGCAUCCGUCUGUAGUAUCUGUUGUCACGUUUUCAGUGAAUUCAUGAACAUAGUCCUCACGUUCGCCAGCUCACCUCGUGUCGAAGAUGUCGUUCCGCUCUUUCAUACCUUUGGUUACGGCGCAUUGAGUAUCGCAAAAGUAUUCGUCUUGUGGUAUAAAAAUACAGUAUUUGGAGAACUAAUAGAAAAGCUAGCUGGAAUAUGGCCCAUGCCCCCUCUUGAUGACGAUGCUUCGCAAAAUAAAGAAAAAAGCCUUACGGCCUUGCGCGUUAGUCAUCGAUGGUACUUUAGCGUAAAUAUUAUGGGUGUAUGGUUUUAUAACUUCACACCAAUUAUAAUUUAUUUCUACCGAGUCUGGCAGGGUCGGGAUACACAGAUCGGGUUUGUGUGGGUGUCCUGGUAUCCCUUCGACAAACAUCAACCCAUAGCUCAUAUCGCUGUCUACCUGUUUGAAAUAUACGCUGGAGUGACCUGUGUUUGGAUUAUGGUAUCUUCUGACUUACUAUUUUCUGGAAUGGCAAGUCAUAUUGCUCUUCUCCUCCGUAUAUUGCAAAGUCGUUUAGAAUCAUUGGGUUCAAUAAAGAAAACUGACGAAGAAUAUUAUGAAGAAAUACAAUCAAAUAUAAAGCUGCAUCAAAGAUUAAUAAGCUACUGCAACAAUUUGGAGGAAGCUUUCUCGCUUUGUAAUCUAAUUAAUAUUGUGAUGAGUUCCAUUAAUAUCUGCUGUGUGGUCUUCGUCAUUGUGUUACUGGAACCGUUAAUGGCGAUAAGCAAUAAACUUUUUCUGGGAUCAGCAUUAAUACAAGUCGGAGCUUUAUGCUGGUAUGCGGACGACAUUUUUCAUGCGAAUGAAAAUAUUGCUGCAGCUGUAUACAGUAGCGGAUGGUAUAAAAUGAAUCCACGUUGUCGUCGUGCUUUAGCAUUUUUAAUACUAAGAUCUCAAAAGCCGAUUGCAUUUACUGCAAUGAAAUUCACAAAGAUCUCUCUUGUCACAUACUCUUCAAUCCUAACGAGAUCCUACUCAUAUUUUGCACUGCUAUAUACAAUGUACAACGAUAACUGA